AUGGCUGACCAUCUUUUACAUUAUAAUGACUCAGCUUCGGUUGGGAACCGAUUCGCACGCAAAGGUGCUUUGCGGCAGAAAAAUGUGCACGAAGUGAAAAACCAUAAGUUUAUUGCGAGGUUUUUCAAGCAGCCGACGUUCUGCAGCCAUUGUACAGACUUCAUAUGGGGAUUUGGGAAACAAGGAUUUCAAUGCCAAGUGUGCUGUUUUGUGGUUCACAAACGGUGCCAUGAGUUCGUCACCUUCUCCUGUCCCGGAGCCGACAAGGGUCCUGACACAGACGACCCCAGAAGCAAGCACAAGUUCAAGAUCCACUCGUACGGCAGUCCCACCUUCUGUGACCACUGCGGUUCCCUGCUGUACGGCCUCAUCCACCAAGGGAUGAAGUGUGACACCUGCGACAUGAACGUGCACAAGCAGUGUGUGGUCAAUGUGCCAAGCCUGUGUGGGACGGACCACACGGAGCGCCGCGGUCGCCUCUUCCUGAAGAUCGAGGUCAGCUUGGACAGGCUACACGUCACAGUGGGUGAAGCCAGGAACCUGAUUCCUAUGGAUCCAAAUGGUUUAUCAGACCCCUAUGUUAAACUCAAACUCACCCCGGACCCAAAGAAUGAGACCAAACAGAAGACCAGGACCAUCCGUUCCUCCCUCAACCCCUGCUGGAACGAGUCCUUCACCUUUAAGCUGAAAGCGUCAGAUAAGGACCGCCGUCUGUCCAUUGAGGUGUGGGACUGGGACCGAACCACCCGGAACGACUUCAUGGGUUCCAUGUCAUUUGGGGUGUCCGAGCUGAUCAAAGCCCCCAACUGUGGAUGGUACAAGCUGCUGAACCAGGAGGAGGGAGAGUAUUACAACGUCCCUAUCCCCGAGGUGGAUGACGUCAACCUGGAGCUCCGGCAGAAGUUUGAGGCCUGCCAGUUAAAUAUCCACUAUCUCAAGAAAGCCAAGCUGGGGCACGGUAAGAAAGUGAUCACGCCGUCAGACCACCGGCGUUUCAGCCUGCCUUCAGGUAACAUGGACCGGGUCCGACUGAGCGACUUCAACUUCCUGGCCUUGCUGGGGAAGGGCAGCUUUGGCAAGGUAAUGCUGGCGGAGAUGAAGUCAACAGAGGAGCUGUACGCCAUCAAGAUCCUGAAGAAGGACGUCGUGAUACAGGAUGACGACGUUGAAUGUACGAUGGUGGAGAAGAGGGUCUUGGCCCAGAGGGACAAACCGCCCUUCCUCACGCAGCUCCACUCCUGCUUCCAGACUGUGGAUCGGCUGUAUUUUGUGAUGGAGUACAUCAACGGGGGAGACCUUAUGUAUCACAUCCAACGCAUGGGCAAAUUCAAGGAGCCACAGGCAGUGUUUUAUGCUGCAGAGAUUGCUGUCGGCUUGUUUUUCUUGCACCGAAAGGGAAUCAUCUACAGGGAUCUGAAGCUCGACAACGUGAUGCUGGACUCCGAGGGCCACAUCAAGAUUGCCGACUUUGGCAUGUGUAAGGAGAACAUGUAUGAAGGCAUGAGCACGCGCACCUUCUGCGGCACCCCGGACUACAUCGCACCGGAGAUUAUAGCGUACCAGCCUUAUGGAAAAUCCGUGGACUGGUGGGCUUAUGGAGUUCUUCUGUAUGAGAUGCUGGCAGGACAGCCACCGUUUGACGGAGAGGACGAAGACGAGCUCUUCCAGUCCAUCAUGGAGCACAACGUGUCCUACCCCAAGUCCAUGUCUAAAGAAGCUGUGUCCAUCUGCAAGGGACUGAUGACCAAGCACCCGUCCAAGCGUCUCGGCUGUGGCCCAGAGGGGGAGAUGGACAUCAGGGAGCAGGCCUUCUUCAGACGCAUCGACUGGGAACGCCUGGCAAACAGGGAGAUCCAGCCGCCAUUUAAACCCAAAGUGUGUGGCAAAGGAGCAGAAAACUUCGACAAGUUUUUCACACGCACGCAGCCCGUGCUGACCCCUCCCGACCAGCUGGUCAUCGCCAACAUCGACCAGAGCGAGUUCGCGGGCUUCUCCUACAUGAACCCUCAGUUCAUCCAUCCAUCCCUGCACAGCGUGGUAUGAGGAGCGAGCAGAAAACCCCAAAAGCAUGGACAUGUCGCUGACUACAGGAUCCUUCCAAACUCCCACAACAGACUCAUAUCAUCCUCUACAGUAUUCUGUCUACUAGUUAUCAAUAUCUGCGUACAGAAAUGACUGAGGAGAGCAGAGCCAAGCGUUAAAAGGAUGUUUGUGGGCGAGGAGAAAGUACAUGGCACUGAUACUUUUUGCGUAAUUUCCCCAAAACAUCUCACGAUAUGUUCUGUAUUCUGCAUCUGCGUCUGUGUUUUCCUUCAAACCUGCAGCCUUUUUCUCCUGUCCAUCAGUUACUAUCUCAUUAGGCACUAAAGAUGCAAGAUGUUCUCCUUCUCAUUCCAUGUUGGCCCGUCUUACUACGCAACAAGCUGCAAUGCACGACAAGAACAGAUCAUAUUUUUCUGCUCUGUCUCGGCUUUAUCGACUUCUGAACCGCUACAUGUGUAUUUUAUAUUUAUAUACUUAAAAAAAAAAAAAGCUAAAAAAAGAGGUAGUAUACUGUUACAUGAGUGCCAAAGUAGAAGUGGAAAAACAUUUCUAUCCUUGAAGUCCUUGUAAUGUUUUUCCCCUCUGGCUUUCCAAACACUGUCAGCACACUAAAACCCCGAAACAGGGGCCGUUUAUAUCUGUUGUUUUGUAGGACGUGGAGCUAUGCUAUAUCUAACCCAACACAGAGAGACAGAAGCACAUUAUGCUUUACAGUCACAAGCCGGUGGGUGUUGCCUCCAGUGGGUGAGUGCAGGGUGAGUUCAGUAUAUGGGGUCAGAAAACUGCGGAUCAAAGGAGUGUUUUAAAGUCUGAACAUGCUAUUUCCAUAUGCACAAAGCAGAUCUCUGUUGCAUGCUUAUUUUCUGACUCUGUAUGAGCAGUAGACUCUAGGAUGCAGUACACGUCUGGUAUCACUGUAAAGUUUAGUAUUACAAUAUAAACCAUGUUAAUAUAUAAUUGUUGUACGUUUUGAGGAGUGUUAUUCUGAAGAAGAGUUUCUGAUCGUUGAUCGGUGACAAAAAAAAGAAGAGGUUUUGUUCCUGUUUUAUGUUCUAGCUUAACUUUUAUGUCCGGAGAGAUGU